AUGACCGAAUUUCCAGAGAACAUCAGAAAUGGAAUGUUAAAAUUUCUAGAUAACGUGAACGUCAAAUUCAAUUUAUAUGGAGACUCGACAGAGGAAAUGCCACAUUUUGAAGAUGUCAAAAAUUUAAGAAUUGGUCAUAACGUCUCUUUAACUUUGUUUAACAGUCGGUGGAUUUCUUCCAAAGUGGUAGAACGAUAUGAACUCCACAAACCACUGACAUUGAAUAACAAUUUUACUUUAACAAUUCCACUUUUGAACCAAAGUAAUGACGCAUUCAUUACAAUGACAAAUGCAACUCUUAUUUUUGGUGUUUUCGACUUUAUGUCAAUUGAUAACUACUUUGGUGAUGGAUCUAAACUGUACUCUUAUUUUGAAACAGGUACUAAUUAUUUAAACGUUACGAGAGAUCUUUAUAUCGACACUUCCACUGAAAUUGUUGGCACAGAACAGAAGUCAUUAAUAGCAUACUUAACACAUACGUCAUCAACUACUUUGAUAGGUUCGGUGAAAAUGAUUGUGAAUCAAGUUAUACUUGCUGAUGCGGAUUUGUUACUAAGUGAUGCAGCGUAUAUUGAAACUAAUUUGUUCUUAAACAAAAAUGUUGAUGGAACCGUUUAUACAAAAAAUUCGAUUCAGAUAUAUACCGGUUCUUAUCUACUUGUUAAAGAUUCAAUUGAUAUGUCUUCCAGUUUUAUUAUAGCUGAUACAGCUGAAUUACGACUUCUAUGUCAAAGUGUUGGGUGUCAGAACUUUAUAUCAAAUUCAAAAGUGUCUUUAAAAAAUAAUGGAAUAAUAAAGAUCAACACGGACAUUACUUUAGAUAGCCAAACUAUAAUGAUGAUGACUCAAAAUUCAAAAAUAAUGAAAUUUCAAACAAACAACAAUGUCAAAAUUGCAAUAAGUGGGAAUUUAACAAUGAAUGAUAAGAGCAAAAUUCUUGAUUGUGAUGUGAGUUCAAGCGACGGAUCUAAUUUAUAUCUUAAUCAAGAGAGUUCAAUCAUUGGAAAUGAAUUUGGGAAUUACUAUGGGACUGUUGUUAUGAAUAAAGACGCGUCGAUUCGAGUUGAUACUUUUAUACAUGCUGGAAUUCUUGAAAUGAAUGAAAACUCUCAGUUUAUAACACAAAACAUGACUUUGAUGGCAAUAAAAGAGAACACAACACAAUUUAUUAUAAAAGAUAAAGCGGCUGUAUUAUGCAAUCAACAUCUCAUUGAUACUUAUGUAACUAAAAAAGUAGUUUUUACAGUGGAAAAUCGAGAGCCGAGUGAAACCCCCGUGUUUUCUUUUGUAUAUCCAUUUGCCAUCAAUUUAUCAACUUUUUUAAACUUGGAAGCUUCUGAAGAAUUUGAUUAUGUCUCAAUGAAAAGUCCGAUAGAUGAAAAAAUUGAUGACAAAAGAUUUGUUUUACUUUCAGACAAGAAACUACUGAGAUUUGGAAGUAAUCAAAAUGUUGAAUGCAUUUUUGAAGGAAACAAUUUAAAUGAAGUGACGGUAUAUAACAAUCCCCAUUGCCCAUGUACUGACAAUAAGUGUGUUCUUAUUCCCAAACAAAAAAUUAAUGAUUUGACCUUGCAAUUCUCUUUUAAUGGUACAAUAAAAGUUAAUCCAAUUUCGUUGACUGUUUCCACUGUAGAACUAGUUGAUGUAACAAUCCCCAAUUAUAUCAGAAUUAGUUCUUCGUAUACAAAAUCUCCAGGUGAUACAUUGAUAGGAUUCCAAAUGGAUGAUACAAGCAUUAAUUUUCAUACUGCCAAUUUAUUUACAAUACAACUCUUAGAUGAAACUAAAGUUCCAAAAAUUAUGAUUAUAAAUACAAUGGAAGGAGAAUAUUUUAUUUCUUCAACAGGCGCCUUUAUAAUUCAAAACACACAAACUUCAAGUUCAUUAAGUUACUACAAAAAUGGUAUGAUUACUAAUUUAAAAAAUGGAAUUGUUGUAUGUAAAGAAGGUUAUUACGAUCAAACAACAAAUACAUGUGCAAGUUGUCAAGAUACAAAUUGUCUUCAAUGCACAUCGGAUGAAGACAAUCAAUGUGUUCUUUGUAUCGAAGGUUAUAUGUUAGAAAAUGGCAACUGUGUUGAAAAACCAUCUUGUUGUAAUUACUCUGCAAGAAAUUUGUGCUACGUUCCGACUCGAGGAAAUCAAAUUAUUUUGAAUGGAAAAUGUUCAGUUUUUGGAGAUGAAAAUUGUGAACGCGCAAUUCUCGAUGAAUGUGAAAUGUGUGUAAAAAUCAAUGAAACUGAUUUUUUUCAAAAUGAAAAUACCAAAACAUGUGAAGUACCAGAAAAUGCAUUUUUGUCUUCUAACACAAAAAUUCUGUCGUGUGACACAAAUUAUUAUUUGACCAAUCAAAAGUGUGUCAAGUGCUCAGAAACAUUUUUAAAUUGUGACAUUUGUGAUUCAAAAGGAUGUCAACAAUGUUCUUCAAAUUACAAUUUGUUUAAUGGAAGUUGCAUUGAAAACUUAUGUGCAGAAAAAGACCAAAAUGGACUUUGUAUUGUAGAUGAUGAAAAUUGCCUUCCAAAGAUGUUUUUGAACAAUCGGUGUAUUCAGUGUAAACCCGAUUUUUAUCCAAAUAGUUCUGGAAAGUGUUCUUCUUCAAUAGAAAAUUGCACAUAUCCCUCUGUAUAUGGAUGUCUUCGGUGUUCGUCUGGAUAUUUUCAAGACGACAAUUUUCAGUGUCAGAAAUGUGAUGAAACGUGUCAAACUUGUGAUAAAACGAGUUCGAAAUGUGUGACGUGUCAUAGUGGAUAUUACCUUAAAAAUAAUGUAUGUUUGGAAGUCACUGGAUGUAAAGAUGUGUUAAGUUCUGGGACUGGAUGUGCUUCAUGUUUUGAUGGAUCAUAUCGAAGUGGGUUAGAGUGCCUCCCAUGUAUUUCUUCCUGUUCAUCUUGUCAAUCCAAAAGUAUGUGUUACACAUGUAAAGAGGAUUAUUACAUGACAAUUGACAACUUAUGUCAACUUAAAUCUUCCAUAGAAGGGUGUCUAAACAACGCGACUUCAUUCGGAUGUUCCAAGUGUCAAGAUGGGUAUUACACCUAUCGAAAACGAGACUGUAAAAAAUGUGAAGAGUCUUGUUUGACAUGUGAUAACAAAAUUGGAUGCACUUCAUGUCCAACCAACUUCGUUUUAGACGGUCAAAAUUGCACUUCAAUGGAUAAUAUCACAAAUUGUAUUGAAACACAAAAUUCGAUGUGUUCCAAAUGCAGUGGGUGGUACAUUCCAGGUGAAAAUGGCUUAUAUUGUAAAUAUAAAGUGCCUGUAUGGUUCAUAAUAGUGAUCAUAAUAGUUAUAUUACUCUUUAUUUCUAUUGUUCUCAUUCUCAUCUUUUUUAUUGUGAAUUUCUUGGUGAGGAAAAAGUAUUCGGAAAUGGACAACAACACAAUUUGCGUGUUCAAAAUGUCUCGAUCGAACAUAUCUUUUCCAUAUACAAUUUCUUCAAAUUUGAUAUCAAACAAAAAUACGUUAUUUAAAUCAGAAAACGACCUCAAAAUAGGCACGGAAACUAAAGAUUUGAUAUGCAUUGGAAACAAGUCGAAAAAUGCAAUGAAAGUGCAAUUUACAAGUAAAAGCAACUCUGAAAAAUACGAAUUUCGUGUGACGCCUGAAAUAUCAAUGUUAAAGAAUGGCGAAGCUUGUGAAUUUGAAGUUUUUAUAAAGCCUUUAUGCACGUGUGAGAUAUCAGACAAAAUCGCAAUUAUCUCUUGUGUGUUAAAGAAAGGCACUAAGAAGUCUGGAAAUGUUUCUUUAAAAUGUAAAACAGAAAUAUCAAGUCGACUUGAUCCAGAUGAGUUAAAAGAAGUUAAAAAACUUGGGGAAGGGUCUUUUGGAAUAGUUUAUUUAGGUGAUUUUAGAGGGAACACAGUUGCUAUAAAACGAAUAAAAGCUUCUUCGGGAAGUGUAGAUGAAAUGAAGGAGUUUGAAAAUGAAGUGAACAUGUUAGACAAAUUUAGGAGUGAAUAUAUUGUCCAUUUCUAUGGCGCUGUAUUUAUACCAAGUAAGAUAUGUAUGGUCACCGAAUUUGCUAAUAAUGGAAGUCUCCAAGACUUUAUUAAUAAAGAAAGAUUAACGCAGCCACGUAAAAUGACGAAAUUGAAAUUUAUGAUUGACGCGUCUAAAGGAAUUUUGUAUUUACACGAAAAUGGAAUUUUACACAGAGACAUCAAACCAGACAACAUCUUAAUAUUCUCUAUUGACGAAAAUGAAAAGGUGAAUGCUAAAUUGACUGAUUUUGGCGCGUCAAGAAACAUCAAUUUGAUGAUGACUAACAUGACAUUCACUAAGGGAAUUGGAACACCGAAAUUUAUGUCUCCGGAGUUGUUAAAUAAGAAAAAGUACAAAACAGCAUCGGAUAUCUAUUCAUUUGCUAUUACUAUGGCAGAAACUUUCAGAUGGGGAAAUGUAUUUCCUUUAGAAUUGUACCCAAAGGCAUGGGACAUUGCAGAUGAAAUUGCAAGUGGGAAAAGACCAAAUAUUUCAGACUUGGACAUCCCUUUCCAAGAAAUUAUUAAAGAUUGUUGGCAACAAGACCCAAAGGAUAGAAUAAAAGCGGAUGUUUUGGUUCAUCGUUUGGAGGAGUUAAUGAUGAAAUAA